AUGGGACAGCAGCCGUCCAAAAGAUCUGGCAGCGAGAGCGGACAACUCUCGGCUCGAGGUUCCGUGGGCUCGUUGAGCGGGGAGGGUAGUGGCACCUUACCAAUCAUCAAGUCGGAUACUCAAGGAUCGUCCAGGUCGCUGAGAGGAUCUAUUCGCAACAAGAUCAAAGACAGGCGGGAAAAGAACAACAAUGACGAUGCCGGCGAGGGAAAUGUGGCGUCAUUCCUUGCGGGAGCUGAUAAGAAGGACGAAGAUGCACUUCCGAGCGGACGACCGCGUAGGGGUUCGGGAUCUUUACCAUCGAUAAAUACCGGGACGGGGGAGGGUAGACAGAUUGUCUCUGAGUCAUCGACUGCUGUCGGUACUCCCUUCGACUCCGAAAAUUCCCUCAUCCCACCGCCGUCUCCCGUCGUGAGCGGAUCCAUCGGUAAAGGUCACCACGCGCUGGACAACGGCAACAACCGGGAGGUGGACCAAGUCUCGGACGCGCCGCCAGGAGCUGGCGGUGUCCAGCCCCCCUCCUCACAGAUGCCGAAGGAACCCAUCUUGAUCAAACGACCUGGUGCUCCGAACCCGGUAAACCUCGUGGCUGACGGCAGCGCGCCGGCGACGCCUGGCGGGGAUCCAAUGCAGAUGUCAGCGUUGAAAUCGAUUGACUUGGACGACAUGAUCACGCGGCUGCUCGAUGCCGGAUAUGCAGGAAAGGUCACCAAGGCGGUGUGUCUCAAGAAUGCUGAGAUCCAGGCGAUCUGCGCGGCGGCGAGGGAGGUGUUUCUCUCUCAGCCUGCAUUGAUCGAAUUGAGUGCUCCGGUCAAGAUCGUCGGUGACGUGCAUGGCCAGUACACCGAUCUCAUCCGCAUGUUUGAGAUGUGCGGCUUCCCUCCAAACUCGAACUAUCUCUUCCUGGGAGAUUACGUCGACCGAGGCAAGCAGAGUCUGGAGACGAUACUCUUGUUGCUAUGCUACAAGCUUAAAUUUCCGGAGAACUUCUUUUUGCUGCGAGGGAACCAUGAGUGCGCCAAUGUCACCAGAGUGUACGGCUUCUACGACGAGUGCAAGCGACGAUGCAACAUCAAGAUCUGGAAAACUUUCGUCGACACGUUCAACACACUGCCCAUUGCGUCUAUCGUCGCUGGAAAGAUCUUCUGCGUGCACGGCGGCCUGUCUCCCAGUCUCCAGCACAUGGAUGACAUUCGCCAGAUCGCGAGACCCACCGAUGUGCCGGACUAUGGACUGCUCAACGACCUGCUCUGGUCCGACCCUGCGGACAUGACUGGCGACUGGGAGGAGAAUGAGCGGGGUGUGUCGUACUGCUUCGGCAAGAAAGUCAUCGUCGACUUCUUGGCGAAGCACGAUUUCGACUUGGUGUGCAGGGCACACAUGGUGGUCGAGGACGGAUACGAGUUCUUCAAUGAGCGCACAUUGGUUACCGUCUUCUCCGCACCAAACUACUGCGGAGAAUUCGACAAUUGGGGCGCUGUCAUGAGUGUGUCGGGCGAAUUACUGUGUAGCUUCGAGCUGUUGAAGCCGUUGGACUCGACCGCAUUGAAGCAGCAGAUGAAGAAGAGCCGUAAUAGGCGAUCUUCGAUGAUGCACCAAAGCCCUCCUGCACACAUGUCCGCUCAGAGUUACUAG